UUUUUGGUGAUAAGGUACGGUCACACAGCUAGCAUAAUUGCAUUUUUAAACAAGGCUUCUGGAUAAAGUAUUGCAAGCAACGGGUGAUAUGUUCUUAAACGACAUUGGCCAGCCAUUGAUCCUGGACUCAAGUAAAAGCCCGCUGAAUGGAAAAAUGAAUGGUCCGCUUCUUUUAACAUCAGCGGCUUUCAAAGAUUUUGAAAAUCCUAAAGAUUGGCGUCCGUACGUUAUUGGAUCGGAGGAGGAUGUUUUCCGAUUUCAAUCCCUACAGAAAUUUGAAACUACGGACUGCCUUUUUGAAAAACUUAAACUCAAUGUAUCCAUAAACAUAGAAAUUGAAGCAACUAAGAUCAGACUCACCUUAAUACACUAUGGGAAAAGCCACGAUGGUUUGAUUUCAAGGAUUUAUUACUUGGAAAAUGGAGUCUCCAGAAUAGUGAUAAUGGACCAUGCUCCCGCGUAUCUGGACUUCAUUCCCAAGGCGAAUGCUUCUUUCCAUACUGGACUUAACCUAGGAAUCGAUGUGCUUUUUCUGGAUGACGAGUCUUUGACCGACAACUUGAACGAGGAUCUGUAUCAAUUUGUUCAUCUCUUAAAGCCGAAAAACAUUUAUGGUCUUCGAUACAAGGAACUGCCCAAUUGGCUUCUCGGCCUGCGCCGAUGUAAAGACAUCUACGCUAGGCCAUAGUUUAGGAAAUAAAACGACGGAGUUAUUUUAGAAAAUUAUGCAUUUAAAACGAAUGACCACAUUGAGUUUCGACUCAAUGCCUAAAAUCUAUCUAAACCAAAAAAAAACACUGCCCCUCAUAACUUAUCCC